AUGCUGGUCACACUCUGGGUUUUGCUGCUGUGCCUAUUGGCACAGAAUACCUUGCCAAACCCCAAUAAGGACCAUUUCGGCAUCUGCCCCAACCAACUGAAUGCCAAUCUUUGGGUGGACGCUCAAAGCACCUGCGAGAGGGAGUGCAAGUCCGACCAGGUAAGAAAGGCAUUACUGAAAGCCAAGUACAUUUAAGAGGGUGUCUGUUUGGAUUUAAAGCAAAGGUGUCAAACUGCAGCUGGUCAGACGUUGUUGGACUAUGAGUCCCAUAAGGCUUUACAACCCUAUGACUAGCCUGGGAGUACUUGUAGCCCAGCUGGUAGUUGUGGUUUAAGGGUUAAGGACACGUGGGGGAUGAACUGCAUAGGGGAGUAGAAUACAGCCGUCAAAUUAGAAAUACUCUACUGUCUUUUCCCCAGUUGUACAGCGCUGCGGAAAGCGUUGGCGCUUCUUAUAAAUUCAUUCAGGAUUGUGUUACUCACCCUAAUCCAAAAAUAAAAUUAGAAAGUUUAAUAAUAAAAAAAAAAAAUUUCAAACGUAGAUAACAAAAGCAUUGCAGAAAUUUUUCAGUUGACAGAAUUUAGCAAUUCAUUUUGUUACACUUCUGACAUCAUAAGUGUUAAAAGAUUUGCUUUGUGCAAAUGACUCAAAUACACACGUAUGUGUCGAUCCGGGUUAUUCACUAUAUUGGGAACUGCUGAAAAUUGACAAUAAAAUGUCAAAUUAUAGACAGAGGCCCCCUGUGGGGGUGAAAUGUUGCUGAGUCCUCAGUGGUGGAAUAAACUCCCCAUGCACUUUGAUUGGUGUGUUGUAAGUCUGCCUCCUCUGAAUACUGCUAUUGGGAGCUGACUCCCAGCAUCCUCACACACAGUCCUGACGUCCUCAUUGAAUAAUUCUCCUAUCUUCAGAUUCUGGAGGUUUCAUGUGCCUGGGAGUCAGUGUCACCGUAUGCACAAACCAGUACAAACCAGGGGUGCAUGAGAUAUUCUGCAAUACCGCAGGAUUGUCCAUUGAUCAUUUUACGCAUGUGCAAUAAGAUGCUGCUAUAACACAUUGCGCAAGAAAAUAUAUGCUAGAUCAUUAUUGUAAAAUGAAAAGAAAACAGAGCAUCGCAUGAAAAAGGAUUGAAGGACUGGGUGCCAGGUCCCCUAGUUUUAACCCUGCAGCUAAAAACAUAGCAGUUUCAGAGAAACUGCUAUGUUUAUACUAGGGUUAAUCCAGCCUCUAAUGGCUGUCUCUCUGACAGCCACUAGAAGCGCUUCCGCGAUUUACACCAAGAAAAUCGCACUUAUUUGACGCUGGACAUCCUCAUAGGAAAGCAUUGAGUAAUGCUUUCCUAUGGGCGGGUUUGAAUGCGCGUGCGUCUCUGGCCACGAAUGCGCAUUCGGCUCCACUCGGGAGAUGAUGUCGAUGGAGGAGGAGAGGUCAUCAGUGCAGAGAGUGCCCGGCGCUGGAUUAAUGUUAGCAAAUAAAUGGUUAAUUAACCAUUUAUUUGCAACGUAACAGGCGUUUUAUUCCUAACGCUAUAGUGUUCCUUUAACAGAAAUUAUUAUAUAUGUUUUAUUCAAAGGCGUGAUUUCAAGAGAAGUGACAGUUCCCCUUUAAGAGGAAAAUGUUAAAUGGCCCUUUGGGAAUAGUCACUAUUGAGCUACGUCGAGAAAACAUAUACUCGGUUUAUGAGGCAGAAGGUGGAUGGAUUUUUCUUGUCAAUAUUUAUUUGUGAUUACUUUUUUCUGAAACUUGGUUCCUGAUUAAAUUUACAGUUUUUUCCCCCAAAUAGGACUGCGAGGCGUUUGAGAAAUGUUGCACUAAUGUGUGCGGACAGCAGAGUUGCGUGGCUGCACGGUACCCAGAUUCGGGAAUGCCAGCUCCAGGUACUUUUCAUCCAGCUACUUGUGCUGGGUUUAUUUGCACCCAGCAAGGCUCAGACUGCGAAAUGUGGGAAGGGCGGCCCAUUUGCCGUUGCCUAGAGCGCUGCGGAAAACAGCCAAGUUUUACUUGUGCCUCUGAUGGUCUUACCUACUAUAACCGCUGUUACAUGGAUGCAGAGGCCUGUGCCAGGGGUAUUAGCCUGGCAGAAGUUCCCUGUAAGUUUGUCUCAUCGUGGCCCCUGACAAGCGCAGCCCCAUCUGAGACUACACAACAGCCUACUCCUCCUUCAACUCCAGUGGAACUACCAAUGCCACCUGCCUUGUACCAUGCACCAGCACCUCAGUCUGUGACCAUGGGGGGCACUGUGGGUCUGCAGUGUGAGUGUAGUGGGAGGCCCCAGCCUGAGAUUUUUUGGGAAAAGAUGGGUGAUGGUCCAUCUGUUCCUCUAAUGCGGCCAGACCAAAUGUAUGGAAAUCUAGUGGUCACAAACUCUGGACAGCUAGUCAUUUACAAUGCCCGACCUGAAGAUGCUGGAAUCUAUGUGUGCAUGGCCCGUAACUCUGCAGGAAUUCUCCACGCUAAUUUCCCUCUCUCUGUCCUGAGGAAAGACACAAAUCCCACAAAUCUUCCCCAAAUACAUUUAGGACACCUGUCUGAAUGCCAAAAACUACCAGAACGCAAUGACUGCCAGGGACCUCAUGUCCUGCAUUGGACGUAUUAUGCCCAAAGUGGUGACUGCAAGACUUUCCUUCAUAGAUGGUGUCCUGGUAUGUCCAAUAGUUUUCAGACGUAUGAAGAGUGCAGGACAAUGUGCCAGGUGGCACCUUCUGACCCUUGUACACUGCCACCUGUCAGAGGUCCAUGCAAAACACCAGAGGUGAGAUGGGCAUACAGUGCCCUAAUGCGCCAGUGUUUUUCCUUCAUUUAUGGUGGAUGCCAGAGCAAUCAGAACAACUUUGAAAGCAAAGAUGCCUGUGAAGAUCACUGCCCCCUUCCAAGAGCCAAGCAGUGCCAAGGAUGCCAUCUGCGAGGAAGGUUGGUGCCCAGCUUGUGCCGUAGUGACUUUGUGAUUGUUGGCAGGUUGGAGGAUUCAGGUGAAGAACAUGUGCUCAAAGUUGCCAUAAAUGAGGUGCUGAAGGAUGACUACAUGGGUCUUCAUCUGUUUCAUACAAACUAUCUGGAAGUAACCCUUGGAGAUAGUGGAGGAGACUGUCCGUGUGCUGGUCUUGUCGGGGAUGGACAGCUUUUAAUCAUGGGGGAGGUCCAGGAUGGUAUGGCCUUACUGGGAACUUCUAGCUACGUCCGUCCAGCCAAUGACAAAAGGCUGAAGAAGGUGCGAGAGAUGUUGGAGAAAGGAACAUGUCAAAUGCUUAAUAGAUUUCAAGACUGA